AAGAUGGACGGUCUUUCAAUAGAAGUUUUACGCGAAAUUUUUCUUUACCUUAAAGAUGAUUAUAGUACGGGCGAUUUGUUCUCAGCUUUAAUGGUAAACCGAAGAUGGUGCAAAAUUAUUGUACCAAUUCUUUGGGAGGCUCCAUUUAACAAACAGAAUUAUAACAAACAUCAAUCAAAAUGUAUUAGAACUUAUUUAUCAAAUGCUGAAUUAUUUCAAUACAUAAAGUAUUAUUUUUUAUCUCCUUCAAUGUUGGCGGAUCCAUUAAAACAACCAGAUGAUGAUAGUUAUUUCAAGAAUAUGUUGGUAUUCGCUGUAUUAUGUAUCUUAUUCACAAAACAUAGUACUUAUAUUCGUACUUUACGUAUUGUGAAUGAUCCUGAUUUACAUCCUUUAAAUAUUGUUGUGGCUAAACUUUUGAACUUAUCAGGUGCUACUGAUAGUUUAAGUGGUUUACAAUAUUUUCAAUGUCAUAGUUUAUCUAAAGAGGAUAUUUCUCCUUUAUAUAAGGAAAUGGCUGGAAUUUGUAAAAGUAUAAUUCGAUUGGAUAUUAAUUCGGUGAUACGUUCUGAUGAAGAAGCUUUAUCAUCUCUUAUUAAAGCUCAAAAAAAUUUAAAAUAUUUAACUAUAAAAUCUGAUGAGAUUAAUUUUAUACCAGCUUUGGAAUCUAUUGGUUCUCAAUCUUCUUCUCUUAUUAGACUUAGACUUGAAAGUUUAUUCUUGGAUAUUGCUACUGAUGAAGCUUUAAAUUCAAUUAAAUCUUGUAAAAAUUUAAGAUCUCUUAUAUUACGAAAUUGUUAUGAAUUAGAAAGUCCAAGAGUUUUAGAAAUUUCUACUUCAUUUCCUUUACUUGAAGAAUUUUAUUAUGGUGGAUGUUUUGAAAUGCCUGAAGAAUUUAUAUCAGGAAUUCUUAAAACUGCAAAUAAUAAUUUACGAAGGUUAACUUUAAAAGAUUAUACACCUGGUGUUAUAACUGCUAUUAUAACAUAUUGUAAAAAUAUUCAAGAAUUAUAUUUAUUGGAAUUGGAUGAGGAUGAUAUUUUAUCUAUUUUUCGUAAUUGUACUCAAUUAAAACAUUUUACUUUUAAUGGUGGGGAAAGUGUUAAAGCUGAUGAUUUAUUUGGAAAAAUGGCAAAUUGUAUACCAAAAACAUUGGAAUAUUUAUGUAUUUUUAUGGAUCUUAAAGAACAUUGGGUAUUUAGUUCUGAAGCUUUAAAGGAUUUCUUGGAUAUUGCAACUGGUCAUUCAUUUAAAUAUUUAACAGUUAAUCAUCGAGAUUUUAUUGAUGAUGAAGAAGAAAUAAAUUCAUCUUUACCUGAUUAUGCUACCAUGACAACAUUCAGUAAGGAACAUUUGGAAGUAAUAAAGGAAAGUAAAAUAAAUUUUCACACUCAUUGUGGAUAUAUGCUUAUAGAAUAUCCGGACUUUAUUACUGAAAUAAAUAUUCCAGAUUUACGAGAAACACCUCUGUUUCGAAGGUGGUAUCAUAUACUAGGUCAAAGUUGGACUGAAAGAUUGAUUGAUUCUUGAUGAUUUUUGUAUAUUUUUUCCCUUUUUUCUUUUUAAUUUUUUAAUAGAAUAGUUUAAAAAAGUAUUAAUAGAUUUGGUUUUUUUUUAAAAAAAAAGCGAACAUUAUGAUAUAUCAUUAUGAUAUAAAAAAAAAAAAAAGAACAUAAUAAAAAUCACGCUAGG